AAAAUACAUCAAUGUGAAAGCAAACACUCAUCGCAUCUCUAUGUGGAAACAUUGGAAGCUCCUGUUACAUAUAUAUUUUCUACGAGCUCACUAAUUCCCAAUGGAGAAUAAGAACAGACGCGUCUUAGGUCACAGCUUUGUCCUUGAAAGACAGGAACGCUUCUCUAUCGAGACAAGCGAACGGAUUUACUUUAAUGAUCACAGGCUCUAUCGAAAUCCCCCCCUGAAUGUUGCCCGCACUUCCUCAUCGUCGGAUGACAUCGCGAAGAUCCAUCACACACGGGAACGGGUAGAGAGUCUGAAUCAUCAGAUUAACAAUGAGAUAGAACGCUUGAAAGAAGUUAACAACAGUUUGAAUAACAAGAAGGAUGAGAGGCAAAUGACCUGGGCCGAAAGGUUUAAAGCCAAUCGACCAUUGCGCAGUGUCCUGGUCCCCAACAGACAGCAUGAUCCUGCACGUGGACGGCGUACAUAUCUGGAUGAUGUUCCAAAACCUUUGUUCAAAGAUGUGAAGCAAAAAGAAGUCAUUUCAAGAAAACCACAACUAGAGGGAAUUCCGCUAAAGGGGUUUUCGCCUAGAGGACUUCCUGAAGAACAACCGCCAAAAGAAACCCGACCAGUGAGACUGCCACCAAAGGAACAUCCGACUAAUGUACUUGCAUCAAGAAAACCACCGCCUAAGAUUCUCCCGGGGAAAGAACUUCCGCCUAAGGUUCUCCCGGCAAAAGGUCCUCCACCAAAAGGACUACCACCCAAAGGAUUUCCAACUAAAGAACUUGCUACAAGAAACCUACCGGCAAGGUUUCUCCCGGUAAAACAACCUCCGUCAAAGGGAGUUCCGUCUAAAGAACUUGUUUCAAGAAAACCACCGCCAAGGGUUCUUCCGGCUAAAGAACUCCCACCAAAAGGAGUUCGGUCUAAAGAAUUCACUCUAAGAAAACCUCCGCCAAGAUUUCUCCCGGUAAAGGAAUUUUCGCCUAACGGAGUUCCGGCAAAAGGAGUUCCAUCGAAAGAACUUGCUUCAAGAAAACCACAACCAAGGGUUCUCCCGGCAAAAGAACUUCCGCCAAGGGUUCUCCUGGCGAAGGAACAUCCGCCAAAAGUAAUUUCUCCUAGAGAAUUUGCUUCAAGAAAACCACCGCCAAGGGUUGUCUCUGCAGAAAAACUGUCUCCAAGGGCUGUCCCGGCAAAAGAACUUCUGCCAAAAGGAACUUCUCCCAAAGAAUUUGCUUCAAGAAAACCACCGCCAAGGGUUGUCUCUGCAGAAAAACUGUCUCCAAGGGCUGUCCCGGCAAAAGAACUUCUGCCAAAAGGGACUUCUCCCAAAGAAUUUGCUUCAAAAAAACUACAGCCAAGGCUUUUGCAGACCAAAGAAAUCCCUUCUAGAGGUGUUCCAUUUAAAGAACUUGCUUCAAGAACACCACCGCCAAGGGUUCUACCGGCAAAGGGACUUCCGCCAAAAGGAAUUUUGCCUAAAGAAUUUGCUUCAAGAAAACCACAGCCAAGGAUUUUCCAGGCCAAAGAACUCCCUUCAAGAGGUGUUCCAUUUAAAGAACUUUCUUCAAAAACGCCACCGCCAAAGGUUCUACCGGCAAAGGAACUUCCGCCAAAAGAUGUUCCACCCAAAGGAUUUCCACCAAAAGCACUUCCGCCAAAAGAGCCUCCACCAAAAGCUUUUAUGACUAGAGAAUCUCCACCAAAAAGUUCCACUCAAAAAAAAAUUUAUCCCGAAAAGCCACUACCUAAAGAAGUUAUGGAAACUAAACCCAUACCAAAGGAGGAAGCCAUGCCAGGAGAACUUUCGAGUGGAGAUUUCACGCCAGAAGAACUUGCAGCCAGAAUCAGUGGUGGCUGCUGUCACUGUUAUUGCCACAGCGAUCCAUGCUAUAACUCCACCGGACAAGGUUGCUUUAUAACUACAGAUGGCUGCUGCAAUAUAGCAUUUAAUCAAGGUAUUCAGUACGGAAUACCCUACCGUACCGCUAAACGGCGGGUCACUGAUCUCAAUACGGAGGACAUUUGCAGUAAUAGGUGCAUCGGAAUAUCGCCGGAUCGUAACUCGAACAACCGGCGGUGCAAUUCUAAACUGGCCGUGUCGCCAUCGUCUUGUCGUGCAAGCUCAAGAGAUAAAAGAAAAAGUCCAAGUACAAGGGAUAGAACCCCUACGAAUGAAAAAAAGAUCACGUCCACCCCUUACAAAAAGCGAAGUCGGGAGAAGGAACCAAAUUCUGGGAAGCUACUAAAGGUGCAGGAUCCUAAGCCGGAGACGCCAUUGAAAAAGGAGUAUCAGCCUUCAACAAAUGUAGUUUCUCCGAAAGCUUCUUCUAACAAGGAGCAAUCAUUUGAUGUAGAAGAACGCAUGUACAAGGAAUAUUUGAAUUUGUAUUACCAAGAAAACUCCAAGGAUGUUCUUGGAGGAGGUCCAAAGAUAACGCCCACAUACACAAAACUGCGAGAAGAAGGGCAAAGAGGCUCAAUAUCUAAAGAUAACCCAACAGUUAAACCUUCAGAUCGGAAUACUAAUGAAUGUUUGGAACAAGAAGACUCUUCUGUAGAAUUGUAUCCAAAAAUCUUUAGCUAUGCAUCAUGCUUUGGGGGCUUCAAAUCGCCUGAUAAUAUAACCAAACCAGUAAACGAUUAUAAGAGCACCCCACAUACUACCACUCCGAUAGAGAGCCAAGACGACCAACUACCAAAAUCUACAAAAGAUAGCCUAGUGGUAUAUCAAGAACGAUCUACUAUGCCUAAGAAAUCAGAAUUGAAUAGCCGCAGCUACGCAUCUGUCAAGCGCCAAAGCAAUGCUCUAAUGAAGCAAGAGAUCACAACAACGCAGACUGAGCGCCAUCAAGAGAGAUCCUCGCUCACAUAUCCCUUACCAAGAUCUGAGAAGUCCACUCGAGGGUCAUCUCGAUAUCUCGAUAUCUUGAGUCCUAUUUCGGGCGGAGAAGGAUCAUCCAGGAUGGCGCAAAGCACUACUAUAGAUUCCCGUCGGCAAAGUAAUGGAGCAGGAUCAUCUAGAAGUAAUAGAGCAGAAUCAUCUCGAUAUGUGCAAAGCCCAGCUACAGAUUCACGUGGACGGAGUCCAACCUCGUUUGGAGCAGAAUCAUCACGAGUAGGGAAUCAUCUCGACACUACACUAUCUUCUUUAGAAACAGUAGUUAUUAAUCCGGGUUAUCAAUCCGACGAACCUCAAUGUUCUUGUGAACAUUGUUCGGAUGAAGGCUCCGAUGACGACCUGAGCUUCGAUAUGAAGUUACCUGAAUCUCAGCGAAAGAAAGAAGCCUUCGAGGAUGCCAUCAGUAUAUUUCGUGGACAGCCCCCGUCAAAGUCUCGAAAUCUGGACCAAGAGGAUGAUAAUGGAUAUUCAAGGUUAUCUAGCAGAAAUAAGGAUUAUUCGAGUCGGACGGAUGACACACAGUCACAGUCGAGAUAUGACUAUGAUGGAUAUGAAACGGCACGGUCCAUCGAUUCCAAGAAGCAUUAUCAUUUACUAUCGGGCAAGCAGGGCUCCUCAAUCAUCAAGAAAAGCGACGAGAAGCAGCCCAUUGUGGAGACUUUCUGCGAAAAGCGUACACGCACAGUAACCUUUAAGGACGAGCAAGGCGAAGUGAAUAAGGAGCGACAUGUGGAGCAGAAGUGUCGCAGCCAUAUUGAUUGGGAGCAGGCAUUGAAGUAUCGCCCGCAGGAUACAACUUUCCCAUGUGAAAAUUAUACUUCGCGUUCCAGCAGUUCGGCUGAACACACCUGCUUGGAGUCCAGCUGCGAUGAGGAGGAUGCCUACGAUAGCUGCAUCGAAGGACUUCCACGGACAGAAGAACUCAUGCCUCCCCUUAAGGCAUGUCCCUGUAUGUACAAGACCUAUCGCCAACUGGCCUCCAUGUGCCAGACCAAAAGUCCCUACUACAGUUUCCAAUUAUGAGACGUCGGAAAGCGU